AUGGCACCAAAAGGACUCGCGAUUCUCAUCGGUGCUGGGCCCAAUACGGGCACAGGAAUCGCGCGUAUUCUCUCCUCCCCAGCUCACGGCAACCUCGCCGUCGCGCUCCUCGCGCGCCGCCCCGAAUCCCUCCAGUCGGUGAUUAGCACCGUGCGUCAAUUCUCCCCGGACGCGGUCCUCGAGGCCUUCCCGUCCGACACGUCAAAAGCGUCCCUGGAGAAAGCCUUCCAGGAGAUCAAGGCGCACAAGAGCUUUUCCGGGCUGAAAGCCGAGGUCGCAAUCUACAGCGUGAAGCACAGCUCCAAGAAGCCGUUCCUUGAAGAGACGCGCGAGGAGUUUGAGGACAGUUUGGAGACGUACGUCGGUGGCGCGUUUACGUUUGCGCAGGAGAGUGUUAAGCGCUUCUACGCUGAUCACGGGGAGAAGGCACUCGCAGACGGCGGGGAGAAAAAGGGUACCCUGAUCUUCACAGGUACGCUCGGCGCGCUACGUUGCAGUGCGCAGUUUGCUGCAUACGGAGCAGGUCGCGCUUCAGUCCGACAGCUGGCGCAGACACUCGCGAGGGAGCUCAGCGAGAAGGGCGUGCACGUUGUGCACACAAUCGCCAACGGCUCCAUCGAGGAUAAGGAUGGCGAGGACCAGAAGAUUGGGAAGAAGAUGAGUGCCGAUGCUGUGGGUGAAACGUAUCUGUGGCUGCAUAACCAAAAGCCGUGUUUGUGGACGCAUGAGCUGGAUAUGCGGCCGGCGGCGGAGAAGUUCUGA